AUGUCUCAGACCGGAUUAUUUGACGCUGCGAAUGGUUUCAUCAGUCUUUCCACAAUCAACGUGGAUUCGCCGCACUCGAUGAACCUGGCGGUUUCGCCCGUCAAUGAGCCGAGUCCCAAAGGCAAGAAGCGCCGUCAAAGCUCGGCCAACCUCCAGGUAGAUGGACGUGGAGGCGGAGGCACAAAGGAUGCGGCUCGGUCACUGGCGUGCUUGAGCUGUCGACAGAAAAAGAUCAAAUGCUACCGAAAGAGUUCGACUUGCAACCAGUGCGAAAGAUUGGAGAUACCGUGCAUCGUUCCCGAUGAAGAUGAGCGGCUGAGGCCGUCGUCCAAGCGACGAACCCGGGAGCUGGAGAGAAGAAUUGAGAGUCUGGAAAAGCAAUUGCGAGAGUCGGAGGCGAGGGCAGAACGAAAUUUGUACUUGACACCACCGAGUUCAGUCCGGUCACCCAACACGGCCGCCACGCUCCCCGCCGUGAACAUCGACUCGGCGUUGAACAACGACUCGGCCCCGGCCACAAGCGUCAUCGACUUCAAAAAGACACCCCACACUCUCAUUGCCAGACUGUGUGCAGAAAAACCUCACUUUCGUGCCGAUGAGAGUGGUCUGGCCAGGUACUACGGACCUACAUCGAGCCUACACACGAGCGAAAAGAUGCCCUAUAAUUUCUUAAAGUGGGACGACGCUGGGAGACUUGAACUGGAGGACCAGGAAAACAUCUCGCCAGUGCUUCGCGACCACCUCUUGGAGCAGUACUGGCGUUUCCAACACCAAGUUCUUCAGGUGGUCCACCGUGAAGCGUUCUUGCAGGACAUGCAGGCCGGCCGCUCGCGAUACUACAGCAAAGCCCUCCUCUACGCCAUCCUGGUCAAUGCAGCCGUUUUCUCCGAAGUCCCCGAGAUCAGAGCACUGGCACUCAGCCGGGAUGAAGACGCUGAAGGAUCAAAACCAUACUUGCUGAGAAAGGCUACCGAGUUGGCCGAACAGGAAAUCGAGAACAAGGUAGGGUUGACAACCAUUCAAAGUCUUCAGCUGCUCAGUGCCGUAUAUUCUCGGCGCGGGCAAGAUACCAAGGGGUGGCUGGAAUCGGGACGAUCCUCUCGUCUGAUAUUUGAACUCGGGCUGCACAAGGAUGAUGCGGAGUUCCAAUCCACCAGCUCAUCUCCUUUGGAUUUCGAGGUCAGAAAAGUGGUCUUUUGGGGAUGCUUUGCCUACGACCGCGGCUGGGGUCUCUAUCUUGGGCGGCCCUGCGCCAUCAAUCUGGGCGAUGUCACCAUCUCGCCACUUUCCCCUCCCGUCGACAAGGCCUCUCCAUCCUCGUCAGACCUGGCCAUAUUGAUGGCCUGGGCGACGCUGUUCACCAUCGUGGGAGAGAUUUCCCACGCGUUGAACCAACAGUCAUUCACCUACUGCCAGCUGAAAACUCUUCGCGAGAAACUACUUCAAUGGGAAUCAAGCCUCGACCCAGGUCUCAGACACAACCCGGGCUGUCCUCCCGCGGUAUACGUCCUCCAGCUGCAAUUUCACGGGGCGAUGAUCCUCUUGCACCGUUCUUCCGCGAGAUUCGGGACGAACCAGGCCGAAAGCACCGCAACCUCGCAAGAAUCGCGAGCCAUUUGUCUCGACCACGUCCUGCAGAUCGGACACAUUCUGGCCGACUACAGAGCAUCUCACGGGUCCGCCAUGACGCUGGUCGGGGUGGCCAUGUACAACAUCACUUCGGCGGCCGUGGUCCUCAUCGCCCUCCGCGCGGAGCAGUCGUCAGAAGCCACCAACGAAUGCCUGUCCGCCCUGACCACGUGCAUCGCAGCCCUGGAAGAAAUUCAGUGUUGCCACAUGAGCGCCAAGACGGUGCUCAAGCAACUGCGGUACCUGAUGCGACGAUGUAAACUUUUGAGCGCCAAGGAAGAUUCCCAAGCUCUACGAGACGCCAACGCUUCCCUCCUGCAGCGCCGACCGACGAACGACACCGUGGUCGAGAGCCCCCCCGUCGCCCUGCUCGGCCAGGUCAUGCAGCAGGACUGGUCAUCUGCUGACGCCACCUCGACCAUGGACCCCGGGCAAUUCAUGCUUGCUUUGGAGGACUGUGAAGCCCUGAUGACCAUGGGUUCAUGGAAUGAUUUUCAGGACCUGUUUGUAUGA